GACGUGCAGAAAGGACAGACUGCCCAGCAACUUCCAGCUCUACACUAGACUUCCGAAUCGCACCGGUGUUUUACCUCUUGGAUUAGGCUGCUAGUACCGUUUACCAAACCAAAUAAAGACAAUGAAUUCAUACAUUGCCAUCGCCCUCGUGCUGUGUGUAGCCGUUGCUCAAGUACAUUCACAAGCAGCCGUUGGUAACACCCCGCCAUCUGGUGCCGGCAUGAUUGAUCUGAUGAAUAUGAUGAAGAAUCGAGGCGGUAAGGGGAUGCCGAUGGGUAUGCCGAUGGGCAUGCCGCCAAUGGGAAUGAGUAUGGGAAUGCCCGGCCAAAACUCGCUGUUUUCAGCUCGACCUAAAAUGGGUGGUGCCCUCCCGUUUAUCAUGAAGAUGAGAAUGCUGGACGCUAUGGGAAUCGAAAAUCCUCUUUUAAUGAUGAAUAUGUUAGGUGGUGGUAUGGGAGGACUUGGGGCAAUGAGUGGUAUGGGACCCACACCAAGAGGAAUAGGAGGAAUGAUGAGCGGUAUGCCGAGCGGUAUGCCGAGCAGUAUGCCGGCCGGUAUGCAAGGAAGUGGACCAAUGCCAUUGAUGGGCGGCGCCAAAAAUGGGGGCGGUAAUAACUUCAUGAACAAAAUGCUUCAGAUGAGGAUGCUUGCAAGCAUGGACCUAUUGUGAUCUAUUUGUAUUUGAAAUUUCUUAUUGAAAAUGUUUAUAACAAUUCUUCGUCGACAUGACUUUCCACUUAAAACACACAAUGAGACUAAAAAAGGAAAGUAUUUAUAGGUAUGCUAGAAAGUGACGUAGAGGCUCCAACAUUACCCAUCUCACAAUUUUGUUAAUUGCCUGUACAGAAAACAUAUAAUCUGCAUAGGAUUAAUAGCAAAAUGAAAGUUUGUAUAGUGUAUCAAUACUGAAACAAUGUCUGCCGCAUAACUUUUUGUGAUUUCGUCUUUCGCUAUGAAAAAGCAAAAGUCCACAAAUCAACCCAACUGUGUAUAAAGAGUUACAACCAAAUAAUGAAACUUAUAUAGAGGCAGUAUAUAUUUACAUAAAUGAGACUAUUAACACAAAUUAUGAGAUGGGCAUAUUUGCUUAGUCGUAUUGCCUUGUGAGUGCUUUUAAAUAAAACUAAAACAAAUAA